AUGGCUUUCGAGGACAAAUUUGUCAUCCCGGCUUUGAAGUUUAGAAACUUUCUAGACAAGACUCCAAACACAUACAAUGUUUACUUUAUUGCGUCAAUCGCAUGUAUCUCUGGUAUGAUGUUUGGUUUCGAUAUCUCAUCGAUGUCGGUGUUUAUCGGUCAGCCACCUUACUUGAAAUUCUUUCACCAUCCAAGCUCAACUAUGCAAGGAUUUAUCACUGCUUCCAUGAAACCUUUUGGCAGACGUGCUUCUUUGUUUAUUUGUGGUUUGCUUUGGUGCAUCGGUGCUGCUAUUCAGUGUUCCUCUCAGAAUAGAGCUCAGUUGAUCAUUGGUCGUAUCAUUUCUGGAGGUGGUAUCGGUUUCGGCUCUUCUGUAGCUCCAGUCUACGGUUCUGAAUUGGCUCCAAGAAAAAUCAGAGGUCUCAUUGGUGGUAUUUUCCAGUUCUCUGUGACCUUUGGUAUCUUCAUUAUGUUCCUUAUUGGUUAUGGUAUGUCGCAUGUCAAUGGUAAGGCAUCUUUUAGAGUGUCAUGGGGUAUCCAGAUUGUUCCUGGUCUUAUUUUGCUUACCGGUCUUUUCUUCAUUCCCGAGUCUCCAAGAUGGUUGGCCAAGCAGGGUUACUGGGAUGAAGCUGAGUUCAUUGUCGCAAGAAUUCAGGCCAAGGGUAACAAAGAGGACCCUGAUGUCCAGAUCGAAAUGUCUGAGAUUAAAGAACAGUUGUUGCUUGACGAAUCCGCUAAGAAUUUUACCUACGCUGAUCUCUUCUCCAAGAAGUACAGAAAGAGAACCAUUACGGCUAUUUUUGCCCAGAUUUGGCAACAAUUGACUGGUAUGAACGUUAUGAUGUACUAUAUUGUCUACAUUUUCAACAUGGCUGGUUACGAGGGAAACACCAACUUGAUUCCUUCUCUUAUCCAAUACAUUAUCAACUGUGCCGUCACCGCUCCUUCCUUGUGGUUGUUGGACAAGGUGGGUAGGAGAAAGAUGUUGUUGUUUGGUGCUGCUGCCAUGAUGGCUUGGCAAUUUGGUGUUGCAGGCAUUUUGGCUACCUAUUCUGUUCCUUAUAUCAACCCAGAUAAUGAUACCGUGAGAAUCACCAUCCCAGACAAGCACAAGGCUGCAGCCAAGGGUGUGAUCGCUUGUUGUUACCUUUUCGUCGCUUCCUUUGCUUCCAGUUGGGGUGUGGGAAUUUGGGUGUACUGUUCCGAAGUUUGGGGUGACUCCCAGUCCAGACAGAGAGGUGCCAGUAUUUCAACUGCUGCUAACUGGAUCUUCAAUUUCGCCAUUGCCAUGUUCACACCUUCAUCUUUCAGAAAUAUCUCCUGGAAGACCUACAUCAUUUACGCUGUCUUCUGUGCUUGUAUGUUCGUGCAUGUGUACUUCUUCUUCCCAGAAACCAAGGGUAAGCGUUUGGAGGAGAUCGCCCAGAUCUGGGAAGAAGGCAUUCCAGCUUGGAAGACUUCCAAGUGGCAGCCUACUGUUCCUUUGUUGUCAGACAAGGAUUUGGCCGAAAAGCUUCAGCUGCAGCACAUGGAGACUGAUCACAAGUUGAUGUCCCAGUCUGCUUCCAGCGACGAGAACGUUGGAAAGUCCGAAGCUGCCCACUCUGACGUUUAA